AUGCUGUCGGAGGACGAGGAGAACGGCAGCGAGAGCUCCGGCUCCGACGAGAAGCCCUACCACCUGGACGCCGACGGCUACGGCCUCAAGGCCGGCAAGCGGAGGAGCGGCAAGAAGCCCACCCGGAUCAGCAGGGAGCCCCGGCAGCGGCACACGGCCAACGCGCGGGAGCGCGACCGCACCAACAGCGUCAACACCGCCUUCACCGCCCUCCGCACGCUCAUCCCCACCGAGCCGGCCGACAGGAAGCUCUCCAAGAUCGAGACCUUGAGACUGGCCUCCAGCUACAUCUCCCACCUGGGGAACGUGCUGCUGGUGGGGGAGGCGUGCGGGGACGGGCAGCCCUGCCACACCACCCCGGCCUUCUACCACCACGGUGGCAGCAGCCCCCCCGCGCGCGACACCGAGAACUCCCAGCCCAAACAGAUCUGCACUUUCUGCCUCAGCAACCAGAGGAAGCUGAGUAAAGACCGAGACAGGAAGACGGCGAUUCGGAGCUAG